AUGUUACUUAGACUAAAUAAAAAACUAACUUGCAAAUUGGUAAAAACUUCGAAUUUUUCUCAAGCUGGACAAAGAACAUUGUUUUUGAAAGCUUGUACUCAACUUGCACAAAAAAUAUGGAAUUCAAAUACUUUUCAAUCUACUACAGUAUUGCCAUUACAAGAGUCUUUUCCAAAAAUAGAACAUGUACUGCCUCAUGCACUUAUUGAAAAAAAUACAGAGUUCGUUCAUGUCUUUAUUGACAACUCAAACAUAUUUAUUGAGGGAAAAUAUUCUAUUGCUGAAAGUGAACAUCUGGGUACCUAUGAUAUUAUAAGAAGAAAAAGAUGCCUUAACAACUUUCAUAUUGACUAUGGUCAACUUCUCGUAACAAUUUUAAAUGGACGAAAGCUAGGCGGAACUCCCAUCAUUUUUGGAUCCCAUCCGCUACCAAAUGAUACACUUUGGAGACGAGCUCGAGAGCAGGGAUAUACAGUGCAAGUGUAUGAACGGAAUUCUAGAAAUCAAGAGAAAAUAGUUGAUAUAGCACUUGCAUAUGCUAUGAGUGAGGCAAUUUUGACCAAGGAUCCUGGUACAUUAGUAUUGGUCUCUGGUGAUGGUAACUAUCUUCCUGUAAUAAAUUCUGCCAUUAAGCACAAAUGGAUGGUUGAGACAUGGUUUUGGAUUAAAGGAAUUUCUACUGUUCUCUGGAAGGAAUCACAUUUCAAUCCUCUAGAACUCUAUUACAAGUCCUUCACAUACAUUCAUGAAUCUGACCAAAGAGAUUACGUUCUUGAGAUUAAUGAUAGCAAAAUAAUUAAAACGUGGGGACAUGAUGAAUUGAUGGAAUGUUUUACUAUUUCAAACUUGUUUGCAAUGUGGAACUGGACAAAUAAAGAGACGAGAUGCUUCAAUACUGUAAAAAUAAGAUCAUAUCUUGAUAAUGGAGCUCAGGAUGUUUCAGAAAUCACAGUUAAUGAAAUAUUGACAUGUAUUAUUGAUGGAGAAGAAGUCCAGCAUGCACGAGCUGAUAUUCGAAUAGAAAUGUAUCAAACUAAUAUUGCAUAG